UGAGUGGUGAGGUAAUAGAAAGUUUGUUAAAGGCAAAGACUUUGUCGAAAAAGAGAAAGUGGGAGAAAUGAAAGAGAGACAAAAAAGAGAAAGAAACAGAGGGGCUAAAGUUGGAUAUUUUUGGGUAUGAAAUUAAAUAUUGAAAUGAGUAAGGGUUAAUAGUUAGGAGGUGCUAAUUUAAUGCUACAACAUUGGACAGUAGGGUAUAGGGCCCUGUUUGGUGCUUUGUUUUUCAUUUGUAAAACGCAUUAAUUGCAGAAAACAGAAGGUAGAAGGUGGAAGAGAAAGAAAAAGAAGAGGUUUUAUGUUGUGGUGGGUUUAGAGAGAGAGAGAGAAAAAAGAGUGUUACAGUUGACCAUAAUCAAGCUUAUAUAAUUAUAUACAACUCAUCCAUUAUCUCUUACUAUACUCUUUCUUCGGUUGCUUUUCUUAUCAGUAUUAAUUAUUUUAUUAAUUUCAUUUUUUCUUUCAUAUAUAUAAUUAAUCCUUAUUUUUUCUUCAUCAUUCUUAACCAUUGAAUUGAAGAAAGAAACUCAGUUACCGACUUGAACACAAAGAAAAAAACUCUUCCUUUGGUCUCAGGUUCUUGCAGAAUAUUAUCUGAUCAUAUUAGAUUAGUUUUUUGAUUGGAAAUAAUCCAAUUAGCAUCGGUCGUUAUGGUUCGGAAAAUUCACUCAUGUAUUCAAAUAUAAGUACUUCAUGAAACUUUGUUCAAAAAAAGUACUUCAUGAAACUAGAGGGUGAAUUAGCUCUCCGCCAUUCUAAAAUGGGCGUUGAGUUGGAUUCUCAAUCGUUUGAGUUCAAUGAUAGUGAUGAAAACUCUGCUGGCUUCAAAUCGCGGAACCAAAAGGCAAAGGAAUAUGACAACAGAGUCUCCAAGAAUGUAAAGAUGAAUGAACAUGAUUUCGAUUCAUUACCAAAUGACAUGAAGUCGGAAAAUUGUAUUCCUGAACCAAAACUAGAAUUUUAUAACAGCGAUAUUGAUUUGAAAAACCAUCAUGAGCCCAAAUCUCAUUCUUCUAAGGAUAAAAGAGGCUUCGAUACAUCACCAAAACUUGAAUUUUAUGACAGUAUGGUUGAUUUUAAAAGUGAUUACGAAACACAGGUAAUAGACUCGCAUGAGCCUGUAGCUCAUUCUUCGGAGGAUAUAGGGUCAUUUAUGAUGUUUGCAAAUGAUGAACAUUCGGUUAAAAAGUCCAUCGCUUCGCCAAUCUCGGAUCCUCUGCAAGUCGAUAAAUUUCAGAAUUCCGUAGAUGUCUUUAUGGACCGAACAAUUACCGAAUAUGAACCAGAACUGGAAGUUUGUUACAAAGAGAGUAGUUACCAUGAUGUGAAGGACAUUUGUGUUGAUCAAGGUGACUUUACCAAGCAUAAGUUUAUGUUCGAGGAAACUGAUGAUGGAAAGGCUUACAAUUUCUUCCCUGUAGAGAGUUUUGAUGAUAACCAAAAGCCGAAAGACAACACUGGUAUCAAGGUAUUAGAUCUACCAGAAACCGAGGAGUCUGACCAGGUUUCUUUGAAUCAUGAUCAGCACAAUGAUGUGAUGCACAAAGAUGACAGUGAGAUUGAAGAUCUUAUUGAUAAUGUGACCAAAGUGAUGGAUUUACAUGAAGACGUACAUGAUUCUAUAGCUACUGAUGACAAGGAUGAAGAGCCAUCCGGCGAACCCAAUUUGCACUCUCAGUCGGAAGAGUCAAAUAAUAUGGUUGAGGAAGAAGUGCUGGCAACACCUGCUUCGGGAUUAGCCAUUGAUGAAUUGAACGGUGAUGGUGUUAGGAGCUUCCCUCCUCAUUCUGCCCCUUCAGCUCCUGCUGAUUGUAUCAAAAAGGAAUUUCACCAAUUUGGUGGCUGCAACUGCAAUGAAACUCACCUACCUUUUAUGACUGUAGAAGGUCCGUCUGGCGGUGAUUUUUCUGAAAUCCAUCAGGCUGAAACAAGUCAGCAGAUUCAUCGAGGCUUUGGCGAGUCAAGUUUCUCUGCUGCAGGUGCUGUAUCAGGUCGUAUAAGUUACUCAGGGUCUAUACCUUAUUCUGGAAGCAUCUCUAUUCGAUCAGACAGUAGCACCACCAGCACUCGGUCCUUUGCUUUUCCGAUAUUGCAAUCUGAAUGGAAUAGCAGCCCAGUCAGAAUGGAGAAGCCCGAUAGGAGAAGCUACCGGAAGCAACGCAAAUGGAGGAAUGGCCUUCUUUGCUGUAAAUUUUAAGAGAUUAUUAUUUUUCUCUUAUAAUAGGUUUAAAAUUUAUAUAUACCGUUUAAAUUUUACUUGCAUAGUUGUUCUCGGCGUGCAAUAGAUUUAGAAUUACCAGCCAAUGAUCUUAUAUCUCUGCUGCAAGCAAAAAGUAUUGAAUUUAGAUUUGCUUGCAUCUGAAUCUGAUGGGUUAUUUAUACAUGGUUUUAUUGAUUUUUUAAAAAGUUUCAAUAGCAAAUAUUUCCUAGUA